AUGGAUGAAAGGUUCAACAAGUGGCUGCUGACGCCGGUGCUCACUCUCCUCUUCGUGGUCAUCAUGUACCAGUACGUGUCCCCCUCCUGCACCAGCUCCUGCGCCAACUUCGGGGAGCAGCCCCGCGCGGGGGAGGCCGGCCAGCCGGCCGCCCCGAGUCCCGCCCGCCGGGCACAGGCGCCGCCCGAGGAGUGGGAGCGGCGGCCCCAGUUGCCCCCGCCACCCCGGGGGCCGCCCGAGGGGUCUCGGGGGGCCGCUGCGCCAGAGGACGAAGAUGAGGAGCUCGGGGAGCCGGAGGAGGAAGAAGAGGAGGAGGAAGAGGAGCCGGACCCCGAGGCCCCCGAGAACGGCUCUCUGCCCCGGUUCGUGCCGCGCUUUAACUUCACCCUGAAGGACCUGACCCGCUUCGUGGAUUUCAAUAUCAAAGGGCGCGACGUGAUCGUGUUCCUGCACAUCCAGAAGACCGGGGGCACCACGUUCGGCCGGCACCUGGUGAAGAACAUCCGGCUGGAGCAGCCGUGUAGCUGCAAAGCCGGCCAGAAGAAGUGCACUUGCCACCGGCCGGGGAAGAAGGAGACGUGGCUUUUCUCCCGCUUCUCCACCGGCUGGAGCUGCGGGCUGCACGCCGACUGGACGGAGCUCACCAACUGCGUGCCGGCCAUCAUGGAGAAGAAGGACUGUCCCCGCAACCACAGCCACACCAGGAAUUUCUAUUACAUCACCAUGUUACGGGACCCAGUGUCGCGCUACCUGAGCGAGUGGAAACACGUCCAGAGAGGGGCCACGUGGAAAACCUCCCUCCACAUGUGUGAUGGGAGAAGCCCCACCCCUGAUGAGCUGCCCACCUGCUACCCUGGGGACGACUGGUCUGGGGUCAGCUUGCGGGAGUUCAUGGACUGCACCUACAACCUGGCCAACAACCGCCAGGUGCGCAUGCUGGCCGACCUCAGCCUGGUGGGCUGCUACAACUUGACUUUCAUGAAUGAGAGCGAGAGAAACACCAUCCUGCUGCAGAGCGCGAAGAACAACCUGAAGAACAUGGCCUUCUUUGGGCUCACGGAAUUCCAGAGGAAGACACAGUUUCUCUUUGAGAGGACAUUCAACCUCAAGUUUAUCUCCCCCUUCACGCAGUUCAACAUCACGCGGGCUUCCAACGUGGACAUCAACGAGGGCGCCCGCCAGCGCAUCGAGGAGCUCAACUUCCUGGACAUGCAGCUUUACGAGUACGCGAAAGACCUCUUCCAGCAGCGCUACCACCACACCAAGCAGCUAGAGCACCAGAGGGACCGGCAAAAGAGGCGGGAGGAGCGCAGGCUGCAGCGGGAGCAUAGGGGCCACCGGUGGCCCAAAGAGGAUGGGAAUACAGAGGGGGCAGUCACUGAGGACUACAAUAGCCAGGUGGUGAGAUGGUGA